ACACUGACAGCUCGGUAAUGUCACGCCUCACAGGAGGAGGAAGAGCCUGUUUCGAUGCGAUGGAGCCGCGGACAGCUGGCUGAACAGCGGCCGCAGCGCAGGGACAACCCGGAGAGGUUCACGUGACGCCGGAUCGGGAUACUGACGUUUGGUUUCGGUCCGUUCUGGUCCUUGUUACUCGGAUGCAACCACACGCCCAUGCGAUGCUCUCGGUGGAUGUCUCUGCUGUCAGAGUCCAGGUUCGGUUAUUAUAGUAAAUGCAAAGUGUUAGAAUAAACAAAGCGGCUGUGGUGGAAGACGCCAACUGGGACUGGAUACUACAACUAUAACCUAUAAAUAACGUUAUUAUUAUUAUCAUGUGGUGUUGACCCUUUGAUACAGACGACAUGGAAAUGGAUUGGAGCUCUUCUUCAUCGCAUGAUAACACUGUAACGCUGCUGCUGCGAUGCCUCCAUGCAAACCUUCACUGACUUUAUUCUCCGCCUUAUUUACACCGUGCGACUGUUUCGGUUGUGGACAUUUAUAAAUUGACACCUUCUCCUGCACGAUACGAUUGAUGGACUGAUUGAUUGAUUGAUUGAUUGACUGAUUGACUGACUGAUUGGUGAUCUGAAACUACAAUGCGUGCAGUGAGAGCAACAGGAUAAUAAGCAGAACUGGCAGCAUCCCUUCACCACUGCAGUUUCUCCUCCAGUCAAGGACCCGUCUCCAUCUCUGAUGUAGCCCGGCAGAGGCAACUGAAGCAGGCCGCUGCACACACACACGCAGGCGGGUAAGCUGUGCCCAGACCCGGCUGGAUGCUGGACGAGGUGCCCCUUUGCAGCUCUGUAGCGCCGGAUACCUGCCACCCUGCCUGCGCCUGCUUUCUCUAAUUCACUUCCCAGCUGGCUCAAAAUGGAUGGGGCCUAUUGGUAGAGACUAUUCGGGGACGCUGAACCGGCUCCGUGCAUGCAGGAUAUAGCCCCGACCGGCUCGGGCUCGUCGGGAUAAACGCAGCAUAUAGAGGAGGAAAAACGCCUCAUAAUCACGGAGAUGGCAGGCGGGGGAGGUGCGUCUACUCCGGGCUGGAUGAGAAAUAAUGAGGACCCUUGCCCAGAGGAUUUCACCCAGCUCACGCGCAGACUGCUGUUUUUAUUGGCCCCAUAAAUAGUCUAUAUUCCAUACUGGGAUUAAUCCUACCAUCAGAGUGUCUCUAUGGCUCUCAAAGUCAAGACACACUAGUUUUCAAUGGGAUGAGGUUGUGUUUUUUAGACUAAGAGGUUCAAAGAUGUAGCUUUUGUUAAAUUCCUAGCAAUGUAGGGAAUCCAUAAUAAGUAUGCAACUGUUUUUUUAAACUCUGGAUUUGUCUCUGUGAUCAGGACCUCUUCACACUGACGGUUUCUUUCCAAAGGAAUCGACCGGACCUGCUGCUUCUUAGAUAAACACGUAUCCACUAUCUACUGUUAAAGGACUCCAUCGUGGAAACAAUCAAUGAGGUUUCCGCGGGGGUUACACUCAUAGAUCUGCUCUGCUCAGAGUCAUUGUUUGACCUGAUGUACAUUGUCCCUAAAUGAACUUGCCUUUGGGGAUACAUGUUACUUACACACUGCAUAGCAACAGCAGAGAAGCAACCAGGGACAGGAUUUGGCACAGGUUCAGCAGAGAGAUGUGGUGAUGGGGGGGAGCAGUUUCAGCUCUCUGAUCCUCUGAUCCCCUCUCCCCCCCGCUGGUGGUCGAGGACACGUCGUCUCAGUCAAUGGGCUCUGUAUGGAUUUUGUGCCUAAGUUGACAGUGGACAGGCCGACAGCGUCAAAGAGCAGCCAGGCCACCAUGAACCCAUACGGGAAAGCGGGCAGCAGAGCAGCCCCCAUGUCCUGCACCAGCUGUGGGGGCUCCUGCUCCCCACCUCCCCCCGGCCUAAUCCCGCCUGGGCCCCCCUAUACUACCUCCUCUUCAUCCUUCGUGCCCCUGAAUAUGACCCCGCCACCGCCAAUGUGUCCGGCUCCAGUUGUCCAGGUGGAGAACGGCAGCAGCUGGAACUCCUCCACCAUCUCUUCGUCUGGCUCCCCAGACUCCCACCCUGGUCAUCGUUGUGGAGCCAACAACCCCAACCUCUACUGGACGGCAGUGUUCGACUAUGAGGCCACAGCAGAUGAGGAGUUAACCCUGCGACGUGGGGACCUCCUCGUGGUUCUCUCUAAAGACUCCAAAGUGUCUGGGGACGAGGGUUGGUGGACAGGUAAGAUCCAGGACAAGGUGGGUAUCUUUCCAAGCAACUACGUCACGAAAGGGGACGCUUCCAGCUACCAGCAGCUGACCGCAGGGGGGCUGGUGGCAGGUGGGGUAGGGGAAUGCCCCUUGGAAGUGGACUUCUCAGAACUGCUCCUGGAGGAGGUGAUAGGAGCUGGUGGAUUUGGGAAAGUAUACAAAGGAGUGUGGCGAGGAGAGGAAGUGGCUGUAAAGGCUGCUAGGCAGGACCCUGAUGAGGAUAUCAGUGUCACAGCCGAGAGCGUGCGCCAGGAGGCCCGGCUGUUCUGGAUGCUCCAGCACCCUAACAUUAUUUCAUUGCGUGGUGUCUGCCUGGGUGAGCCCAACCUGUGCCUAGUGAUGGAGUACGCCCGAGGAGGGGCUCUGAACCGGGCCCUGGCUGGAAAGAAGAUUCCUCCGAGGGUUCUGGUGAACUGGGCGGUCCAGGUUGCCACAGGGAUGGACUACCUGCACAACCAGGCCUUCGUAUCAAUCAUCCACAGAGACCUGAAGUCCAGCAAUAUCCUCAUUCUGGAGCCAGUGGCGCGGGACGACCUGUACGGGAAGACCCUGAAGAUCACCGACUUCGGUCUGGCCAGAGAAUGGCACCAGACCACCAAGAUGAGUGCGGCAGGGACGUACGCCUGGAUGGCGCCCGAGGUCAUCAAGCUCUCCCUCUUCUCCAAGAGCAGCGACGUGUGGAGUUUUGGCGUGUUGCUCUGGGAGCUGCUGACCGGCGAGGUUCCGUACCGGGAGAUCGAUGCACUGGCCGUAGCUUACGGUGUCGCGAUGAACAAGCUAACACUUCCAGUCCCCUCGACCUGCCCUGAGCCUUUUGCACAGCUGCUGGCAGAAUGCUGGAGCCCCAACCCCCACAGCAGGCCGUCGUUCACCAACAUCCUGAUGCGACUGCUGGCCAUCGAGCAGUCGGCCAUGUUCCAGAUGCCUCUGGAGUCGUUCCACUCCUUACAAGAAGACUGGAGGCUGGAGAUCCAGCAGAUGUUUGACGAGCUCCGGGCCAAAGAGAAGGAGCUGAGGUCCUGGGAGGAGGCAUUGGCUCGAGCUGCCGAGGAGCAGAGGGAGCAGGAGGAGCAGCUGAGGAGGAGAGAGCAGGAGCUGGCUGAGAGGGAGAUUGAUAUCGUGGAGCGGGAGCUGAACAUCAUCAUCCACCAGAUGUACCAGGAGAAACCCAGCGUGAAGAAGAGGAAGGGCCACUUCAAGAAGAGUAGACUCCUGAAGCUGGGCCGAGACAGCAACUGCAUCAGCCUGCCCUCUGGAUUUGAGCACAAGAUCACAGUGCAGGCGUCUCCCAGUGUGGACAAGAGAAAGACCCAGGGCAGCGAGAGCACCACCCCACCUGCCAGCCCAGGAGUCAUGCCCCGGCUGAGAGCCAUCAGAUUGACACCGAGCGAUGGCAGCAAGACGUGGGGACGCAGCGCCGUGUGCAAGAAGGAAGACCUGGCGACCAACAAGAAGAAAGGACGAACCUGGGGACCGAGCUCCACCCACCAGAGGGAGAGGCUCGGAGGGGAGGACAAGCUGAAAUCUCUGGGUGAGGGAAGUAAAGUUUGGUCGUCCAGUGCCCCAAAUCUGGGAAAGUCCCCCAAACAUGCCCCCAUGACUGCUGGCUUCUCCAGCCUGAACGAAAUGGAGGAGUGCAGUGAGUUCGAGGAGUCACCAGGCUCCCUGCAGCCGUCAGAGAGCAGCAGUAACGGGGCUGCGGACGACUCUGGGUCUCUGUGGGGCAGCAUGGGCCCCCACACGAUGCCUGCUGUCGGUGUGUCUACUACGAGCACAGGUCAGGCCACUGGAGGCCCGGGAUCGGGGGUGAGCUACCAGGACUCACUCCGGCGCUGCAACCAGAGGAAGAAGAGCGAUCUGCUGCUGAUGGGCUGUGCCUCUCUGCUCGCGUCCGUCGCCUUAGGACAGGACCUGCUGCAGAUGGGAAAACUGCAGGUGCUUCAGGACGAGCAGGACCUCAGAGAGGAGCAGCGGAAGAAGAAGGACGGUCUCUUUCAGCGGACGGGACGUUUCCGUCGCAGCACGUCUCCCCCCAGCAGAAACCUGUCCCUGUCCCUGUCCAGACAUCAGGACUCCUCGCUGCCCUGCUUGGACCCCUCUCCCUCUGUGACGCUGCUCUCUCUGUCCUCCCUGUCCGACUGCAACUCCACAAAGUCCCUGCUCCCCUCAGACCCAGACGAGUUCUCCCUGACCCCGGUGACAGGAGUCAAAACGCCGGCGGCUCCUCCGGCCCCGAACCUCAACCCGCUCUUGGACCUGCGGGCGGAGAGCUUCAAGAAGGAGCCCAACCAGUCGCUCACGCCCACCCACGUGUCUGCAACCAUGGCCCUGAACAGAGGGCACAGGCGCACCCCCUCAGAAGGGGCGAUACGACCCCGAGCCCAAACCCUGGGACACCGCAGGACACCGUCGGACGGGAGCAUGCCCAUGCCUCCUCCACCGGGGGCGCCGCACAUCAAAGGGAACAAAGGUACACAGGACUCCCUGGACAUCCCUCGCCUCCCCAACCCCUCCACCAUCUUCCCAAUCCCCCAGCGGCGCAAAGCCCCCGCUCCACCCAUCCCCGUCCCGGACCCUCUCAUCAGUCCCCUGGAGAGACCCAAGACGCUGGAGUUUGCCCCCCGGCCGCGGCCCACCCCGGUCCGGAUGAGAGCCGACCCCUGGAAGCUGGGCUCCCUCUCCCGGACCCUGAGCUCGUCGCCGGGCAGCAGCUGCGACAGCCCGCUCGGCUCCGGGGACAGCAACGCGGGCCCGGUGCGGCCCAGCCUGAUGGACAUGGACAUGGAGGGCCAGAAUUUGGACCCCACCAUUCCUCUGUGUGGAAAGCAGAAGCCUGCCACUCUGUGUGGACAGCAAUACUCAUAGUGGAAAAAAAAAAACAUUUCCAAUUUCUCAUGUUUUCGCAUUUAAACGUGUCCCAGGACGUUAGAGCUGGGGGGGUGAAUAAAGAAUGCCUUCUGAUGUCUGAGCCGAGCAGAGUGCACUCGC